GAAAUCAGAGAGUACUUGAGAGCUAAGGUGUCCUGGAGGCCCAUUCUCCGGAGUGGGUUCAGGUUGGCCUGAGCACUGGCUGGUGUAUUCUGAACCAUCAGGGUGUCUGAGAGGGGCCAGCAUGCACUUGUGACUUCUCCUUUUUUAGUUUCCUGGAAGCAGAUCCUUGAGUGUCACCCCCAUGCUGAGACGCCAGGCAGGCUCCACUCCUGGGUCCCUUUCUCCUGCUCUUCCCUCCUCUCCCCACAGUGGGGUUGUGAGGAGAGGGUCUCGGGAGGAAUGCAUUUUCUCCUCCUCCCCCUGCCUGCUCCCAGGAGGGGAUUUAACAGGACAAAAGAAUCCAGUCCUCUGGGAAUAUGAGCCCUUGGUCCCAGUCCCUGGACCCUCCGACAGAACACCUUCUCUCAUCCGGCUUGUGAUCCUCCCGGAGCAAGGGGGCUCUGGUGACCGCGUGGUGAUUGGAUGGGCCCACAGGGGCGAGGAGGAGGUCACUCCUCCAAGACUCAGGGGUGGGAUGGGAAAGUAGGCAGCUGACAGAAGGGAGCAGCAUCCUGGUGGGGAGAAGGGCCAGGCAGAGAAAAGUAGAGUCAGAAACAGAGCAACAGGUGAGGCUGAGGCAGGAGAUUGAGCUGACACUCAAGCCAAGGAAGGGGGAAUUAGGAAACAAUUAGAAAAAAAGUAAAGACAGUGAAAAAGUCAGAGACAGCUGCCUGCACCUACACACACAUUCAGAGACAGAGUCCCAGAGGGUGGCAUACACAGAGGGAGAAGGGGAGAGAACAGGUGUGGAGAGGAGCUGCGGAAGCAGAGAAAUCUCAAGUCAGAGAUUCAGGGACACUUGGUCCCCGUGGCGAGCCAUGGAAGCAGAAAGGAGGCGCCAGGCCGAGAAGCCAAAGAAGGGGCGAGUCGGCAGCAGCCUGUUGCCAGAGAGACACCCGGCCACUGGGACCCCGACCACCACGGUGGACUCGAGUGCUCCACCCUGCAGAAGGCUCCCUGGUGCAGGAGGAGGGAGAUCAAGGUUCUCCCCACAAGGAGGACAGAGGGGCCGCCCGCACUCCCGGCGCCGCCACCGCACCACCUUCAGCCCAGUGCAGUUGGAACAGCUGGAGUCAGCCUUUGGGAGGAACCAGUACCCCGACAUCUGGGCCCGAGAGAGUCUUGCCCGGGACACCGGCCUCAGUGAGGCUCGAAUCCAGGUCUGGUUCCAGAACCGCAGAGCUAAGCAACGGAAGCAAGAGCGCUCACUGCUUCAGCCUCUGGCCCAUCUGUCUCCUGCCGCCUUUUCCAGCAUCUUGCCAGAGUCCGCUGCUUGCCCCUAUUCUUACGCACCACCACCACCACCAGUGACCUGCUUCCCUCACCCCUACAGCCACGCCCUCCCUUCCCAGCCCUCCACAGGAGGCGCCUUUGCUUUGUCACACCAGUCUGAGGACUGGUACCCUACCUUGCACCCAGCCCCUGCCGGCCAUCUGCCCUGCCCCCCACCCCCUCCCAUGCUCCCCCUCAGCCUUGAGCCAUCCAAGUCCUGGAACUGAGGUCAAACAAGUUACCACCAAGGUGAUCCCCAGCCUGUGGCCCUCGUGAAAAAACAAGAAAAUGGGGUGGCUUCCUUUCCAUCUAUGGGUGAAGCAGAUGCAUGCUGAGGGUCAGCUCAGCGAUUAGAAAUUGAAAAAUGGGAGAUCA